ACUAGUACUUCAGCGGUGGAGGGGGCGUGGCAGAAAACUAGAAAAUUGAAAACUGCGGCGCGGCGGGCGGGGAUGGAGGAAAGGGAAUCGGAUCCCGAGGGGGGAUUCUCGAGGGAGCGCCACGUGGCGUUGAUGGAGAUGAUGGCGGAGGAGCUGCCGGGGGAGUACGCGACGCAGGAGGUCAACCGCCUCACCCUCGCCUACUUCGCCCUCUCCUCCCUCUCCAUCCUCCGCGCCCUCCACCGGGUUGACAAGGAUCAAGUUGUCAACUGGGUUUUAUCCUUUCAAUCACAUCCAGGAAAGAACAGUGACUGGGAUAAUGGACCGUUUUAUGGAUUCUAUGGUUCUAGAACAUCCCAGUUCUCCGCCGACGAAAAUGAGCAGAUAGUAUAUCCUAUAGGUGGUCAUUUAGCAAGUACCUAUUGUGCACUUGCCAUAUUGAAGAUGGUUGGCUAUGAUUUGUCAAUUAUCAAUUCCGAGGCACUUUUGAUCUCAAUGAGAAGGCUUCAGCAGCAUGAUGGGAGUUUCAUGCCAAUUCAUUUUGGGGCAGAAACAGAUCUCCGCUUCGUGUAUUGUGCUGCUGCCAUAUCUUCCAUGUUAAAAGAUUGGUCGGGAAUGGACAAAGAGAAGGCUAAAGAAUAUAUACUUAAGUGCCAGUCAUAUGAUGGUGGCUUUGGUUUAGUACCAGGUUCCGAAUCUCAUGGUGGAGCGACAUACUGUGCAGUUGCUGCUCUCAAGCUGAUGGGUUUUAUUUACACUGAUAUUUCAUCAGCCAAAAUUGAACACUCUACCCUUAUUGAUGUGCCAUUGCUUGUUGAGUGGAGCUUACGGAGGCAAGCGGAAGAUGGGGGUUUCCAGGGCAGACUGAAUAAGCCAAGCGAUACAUGUUAUGCUUUCUGGGUUGGUGGAGUCCUGAAAAUGUUGGGUGCUUACUACUUGCUUGAUCAUGGUGCUCUGCGCCAAUUCUUGUUAUCAUGCCAAUCUCCGCAUGGUGGCUUCACAAAAUUUCCCAGAGAGCGGAUACCUGAUCUCUACCACACUUAUUAUGGAUUUGCUGCUCUGAGCUUGUCUGGGGAGCAAGGACUCGACCCACUCUGUGUCGAAUUGGGGAUCACUAUGUAGUCCGAUCAACUACAGAUUUGCACUAGUGUACUUGUUUAAAUGUCAUGACUAAUUCAAUCGUAAGUUCUCUUUUUGUGGGAUUUAAAUUUUGGAAUCCUUUUUUUGUUAGUGCAAAGGUGAUAGUAGAAAUGGCUCCAAAUGAUCUUUUAUCUAAACUGUGGGAGAAGAGGUGAUAGAAAGAGUUGGGAUUACAUAGGAUUAUGAUAGAUUGUAGUGUUGAAAGCUGAAAUCUUGUUUUGUUUCUCAAUA